AUGGACGUAAAGACGAAUACACUUUCAAAACAAAAAUAUCUAUCGUCAGCAAAUGGAAUAAAUGCAUGCCAGUCAUUAAAUAUUUAGAAUAUUCACACUAGACAUUAGA